UGAAACGUACAACAUUUUGAUGUAAAAAAAGAGACGCUCGUUCCUCUUCCUCUUCAUCUGGACCCAAAGACCGCUCUGUGAAGUCGAUCUGUGGGUGUGUUAGUGGUGACACAUAUGAAGAUGGAGGAGUGUAAAAUGAGCAUUGGUUCUCUGAGUGACCAAGUCCUGAACAGGCUGUCAAAUAUGUUGGACAACUCCACCUGCGGAUGGAGGCAGCUAGCCAACGCUGUGUCCGAGCAGCCGAAAUUCCGCUGCAGUGAGAGAGAGCUGACCAGCUGCUCGCUGCAGGUGCUGAGCGCUGCAGGCAGCCCAGGACGCACCCUCCUGGCCUGGCUGGCUGACCGUACCUGCCCCCUUGACUUCCUUCUCCACUGCCUGAGGAAGAUCGACCACCAGGAAGCUGUGCAGUACCUCACCACCACAGUGCCAGAGCUGAUCCAGGUCACAGUGCAGCCACAGACCCAGCAGGCCACAGUGGGGGGCAGGGUGGUAUUGAUCUGCAGAGCCUCGGGUCCCCCUGGACUCAGUUACCAGUGGUUCAGAGGCAACGAGGAGAUUUUGGACGAGACAGGGAAUACACCAGAGCUGGUUCUGUGUCCUUUAGCCCCAGUCCACCACGGUUCCUAUAUCUGUAGGGUCCACCAUGGAGAAAACUUUAUCUUCUCCCAGUGGGCUCAUGUUCGCUUAGUCCGGUCUGCAGGUCGUAGUCCAGGCUGCAGCAGCAGUCUGUUUCCGGGAUCAGUGAGUGGACUACAAAUCACCGGUCAGCCUCAGUCCCAAGAAGUGUCUGAGGGGGACACUCUGUUCCUGGAGUGCAAUGCUGAGGCCAACCCUCCUGCGCAGUACGAGUGGUACCACGACAUGGUGCCCAUGACACAACACAAGACACGUUCACUCAAGAUCCCAUGUGUGACCACAGCACACAGGGGAGAGUACAGAUGUAAGAUAUUUAACUUGUAUCACGAGGUGUGGAGCGACACAGCAAAAGUCACCAUCGGCCCCAGGUCCACUGAUGUCACUGAUGACUCCUGGGUAGAAGUUGAUCGUGGUCCAGACUCAAAGGAAGUCCACAGGUCAGGAAUAAAUCCACUACAACAGAUGGCCAGUCCGUCCCCAUCAGCCAAGAAUUUCUAUGCCACGGACAAAGUUGCUCUCCUGAUUGGCAACAUGAACUAUCUCUACCACACUCAGCUGUGUGCUCCCAUCGCUGAUGUCCACGAGCUGACCAACCUGCUCAGACAAAUGGACUUCAAGGUGGUUUCUCUGCUUGAUCUCAACUGGCAGGAGAUGCACAGCGCUGUAACAGAGUUCCUCUUGCUCCUGGACAAGGGGGUCUAUGGUUUGCUAUACUUUGCUGGUCAUGGUUAUGAGAAUUACGGCAACAGUUUCAUGGUUCCCAUCGACGCGCCGGCCUCCUACACAUCAGAGCACUGUCUGUGUGUACAGAAUAUUCUCACCAGGAUGCAGGAGAAAAAGACUGGACUGAACGUAUUACUGCUGGACAUGUGCCGCAAAAGAAACCUAUAUGAUGAUGUCAUUGUACAACCUGGGCUGCUCAAGGUGACAGCAAAUAUAGUGUUUGGAUAUGCCACCUGCGUAGAUGCUGAAGCAUAUGAAGUGAAGAGGGAAGACGUAUCAAAUGGCAUCUUCAUAAGCUUCCUCAAACGACGUGUUUGUGAAGACGAGAAGGUCACAGUCAUGCUCGACAGAGUGGCUGAAGACAUGGGUCGUUGUGUGAUCACACGAGGGAGGCAGGCGCUGGAGCUGCGCAGUAAUCUGUCCGAACGACGUUCCCUCACCGACCAGAUACAGACGUCUGAAUGUUCGGAGUCCCACUCAGCUCGAAACCUGCAAUGGGCUGUUGCUCACGUCCUGCCUACGAGCCAUUACCUGCAGUUUGACUGUGGAGUGAAGGUCCAGCUUGGGUUCGCUGCAGAGUUCUCCAACGUCAUGGUCAUCUACACUCGGAUCCUUGAGAAACCAGGAGAGAUAGUUUCCUGCUGUGCUCAGCUUACUGACUUCCCUCCGGAUGUGGAUGUUGAUCUGAAGAAGACGAACCAGGAUACUCUGCUAGAAGCCGGCAGUUUAUUAUUGAUCAAAGAAAAUCUUCCUUCACCAGAGGUCCCAAGUCUCUACACACGCAUCCGAUGCCUGCAGAGACUCAGGAGGGAGCUCACAUUCACCGUGUGCCUUCAUUACACUUAUUCCAACAUGGAUGAUGAAGUACAGGAAAGGCAGCCAGUGUCAGUCGGUAAACCGCUGGUCUCCAAGCUCAACCUGCAUGAGCCCCGACCAUCUCGCGCCUCCUCUGGCUCUUCAUCCUCCAGCCUCGACUCCUUCAACAUUCCUGAGUGCUCCUCCUUUUCCUCUGUUGGUUCAGACUCAAACGCAUGGUUAUAUCAUUCACAAACUGCUAGACAAUCCUCCACCACAGCUGCAUCCAGAAGUGCCAAUGUUCCAGAGGAGAUGGACAGUCCUGAAUUAUUUCAUGAUGCUCCUCAACCUCUCGUUGCCAGCAAAAGUCUGCCACACAGCCAAGUAAAUGACACAAACUACAAAUUUAGUGACAGUUUUCAUUCUCACUAAUCAUAAUGAAUCGUCUGAUCCAACUAUUACACACUGAUUAAUCAGCAGUACAAAGAAAUCCUGUGAACAUGCCCUUUCAGUUCAAUUGACUCAGUGGUCAAUUUAACAUUUAUAAUCAUAUAAACUAAUUAUUAAGUUUUUGUAAUGUUUUGUAAAGGAUUAAAAAAUAAUAAUUUUGAUAAAUUAUAAUGCAUUGAAAAAGUAACCAUGUGUUUGAGUCUGAAGUUUGAUAUGUGUUUUGAUAUGUGUGUUUGUAUGAAUGAGGUAAUAA